CUAUAAAAAGCCCGAAAAACGGUUGACUUCCAGACACAAAUCGAAGAUGAGACUCAAUACGUUAUAUGUUGUGUUGGCCUUGGGUGUAGCACUAGUCUCGGCCAAUGAUAACUUAAGAAGUCGACGCAGUGUUACUCCAGAUUACCACGAUUACUCGAAGUUGUGUGAGAAUCAGCCUGAUGCAUACAUAUGCGUCGACUGCAAAACCAUGGUCCUGUGUGUGAAGGGACAGGCCUUCACUCGCCACUGCAUCGAGGACCACUACUGUUCAGUGAGGCCCGAGUUUGGCGGGGGAGUCUGCUAUCCAGAUGAGCCUAAGGCCUGCACAUGUCUGAAGGCCAACUCCUUCCGAGUGGACCACUACGACCCUCAGAAGUUCUUCGUCUGCAAAGCUGUUGGAUCGGCCCCUUUGACCUACACAUGCCCAGAUGGCAUGGUAUUCGAUGUAGCCUCGGCACAGUGCCAUACCUCGGGUGGCAUGCCCCCUUGUGUUGAGCCAGGUACUUUUGCCAACCCGGCCAACUGCAGUGAAUACUACUCGUGCAUUGGCCUGCGACAUGGCUGGCUGCAGAGUAGCUUCCAGUGUAACAGUGGCCUGAUGUACAACCAGGAUAAAAAAGCGUGUGAAGACCCUUGCCUGUACCAGUUCGUGUGCCAGCAGGAGGGCCGAUAUCCUGACCUCCUGAACCAGCAGAACUACUUUCAAUGCUACAUGUUGGGUGGCAAGUUACGGCAGCUCCGCUACAGCUGCCCUGAAGGCUACAGGUGGGAUGAGAUCUCUAUGGGUGUUGGCCAGUGUGUUGAAGAUCACGGCCAUGUUUCUACCGGUGCCUUCGGUAACUGCCACAUCCCUGACGACUUUUGUCCAGGCACAUGAGCACCUUACUACAGUGAAGGCGAUCCUGUCGCAACUAACCAGUGGAAAAGGGCCAAGUCUCUACUUCGAUGUCUCUUAAUAAAUUUUAAUUACUUUU